GCGGGAGGUGAGCUUCCGCUUCCGUUUUGCGGAGAGUCCUCCCGGCGCCGCCACCGCCACUGCUGCCGCUUCUACCCUGUCCGCCGGGAGAGGCCCGGAGCCCCCGCAAGGGCCAUAGAGAGGGGCUGGGGUAGAGCGGUUCCCCUCCCCCUUGAUCUCUGGGCAUUGCCAGGGAGACGAGAGAGUCCGGGGCGGAGUCCUCCCUCAGGCUGGGCCAGGCCGAGGUUUCUCCAAAGGGAAGGAGCCGUCGCCUUUCCCCGCUCCCUCCGUCCCCGCUGCCGGCCUGACCCGGAAUCCAGCGUGACGCCUGACCCCAGGUAGCCUUUGCCCAAGGAAGCUGCUCUGAACUCUGGCCCUCCGGCCCCGGAGUGAUCUCUGACCUUCCUGCCUGCGUGACCUUUGAACCCGGCCCCCUACCCGAUCCAAGUGCCCCCCGCCUCACGAUCGCUCUUUGCCUCGUUCCCCGGGAAAGCCCCACUCCUGAAUCCCCCCCUCGGUGGCUUGGCAAGCUCCCUCCACUGGCGGCCCUUGCAAACCCCCAACUUGUCAAGAUCCCCCCGUUUUCCAAAGGAAACCCCUGGCGAUGCCCCCUGGCUGGGGGAAGUGGGGAGGCGGAAGCACCUUCUCUGGACCCUGAGGCUCUUGGGGGUGAUAUUGCUGCUGUCUCCUUCGCCCGCCUAGAGCCUCCACUCACCUGGGGCUCAUAAAAGUGUGACCAAGAGAAAGUUGCCUGGAAGAUCUGCGGAAGAAGGGACACCGGGAUCGUUGUGCCCAGGCGUGUCUUGGAAUGGCUGCCAUGCCUGGAUGGCCUCGGAGGGUGCCCGCGGCACACUAGGGACCCUCAGCCAAGCUGCACCAGGGCGGCUGCGGUGGCCUCGCCCCUCGGGAAGCCAGCCGGGACCCGGGAGGCCACCUCUCCUGGCGUGAGCCGGUCCCGUCUGAAAGCCGUCAACGGAAAGCUUGGGGAAAGGGGAGGCCGCCCUCCCCACUUCCCACUCUGACAGCCGCCGCCAUGUCGACCUCCUCGCUGCGCCGCCAGAUGAAGAAUAUAGUGCACAACUACUCUGAGGCGGAGAUCAAGGUGCGGGAGGCCACGUCCAACGACCCUUGGGGCCCCUCCAGCUCCCUCAUGUCUGAAAUUGCAGACCUCACUUACAACGUGGUGGCCUUCUCCGAAAUCAUGAGCAUGAUCUGGAAGCGUCUCAACGACCACGGCAAAAACUGGCGUCAUGUCUAUAAGGCCAUGACGCUGAUGGAAUACCUGAUCAAGACAGGCUCGGAGCGGGUGGCACAGCAGUGCAAGGAGAACAUCUACGCCAUCCAGACGCUAAAAGACUUCCAGUACGUUGACCGCGAUGGCAAAGACCAGGGAGUCAACGUGCGGGAGAAGGCCAAGCAGCUAGUGGCCCUCCUCAAAGACGACGAGCGUCUCAAGGAGGAGCGGGCCCACGCCCUCAAAACCAAGGAGAAGCUGGCCCAGACUGCGACCGCUUCUUCAGCUUCCUCAUCUUUGGCAAAUGCCCCAGUGGAAGCGGAGCAGGCUUGGCCCCAGAGCAGCGGGGAAGAGGAGCUGCAGUUACAGCUGGCGCUGGCCAUGAGCAAAGAGGAAGCGGAGCAGGUAAGCGCCAAGCCCCCCUCAGCGCCCUGCAGUUUGGGGAACAAACAUGGUAAUCAUGCUGGAGGGAGGGAAGAGCCAAUCUGUGGUGCUCGUGAGAGGACAGGAAGUGGAUCAUCUCAGUUUGGGGAGUCGCAUGUCCUUCAGCAUGAAGGACUGAAGCUCAGUGGCAGAGCACCUGCUUUGCAUGCAGAAGGUUCCAGGUUCAAUCCCUGGCAUCUCCAGCCCCCUGCAGUGGCCGACGAAGACCUACAGCUCCAGCUAGCCCUUAGCUUGAGCAAAGAGGAACACGACAAGGAAGAGCGGAUCCGGCGUGGGGAUGACCUACGACUCCAGAUGGCCAUAGAGGAGAGCAAAAAGGAGACGGUGCCUGCCAAGGAGGAGGUGAGGGUGGAGCAGUCAUCCCUCAUGGAUCUUGCUGAGGUCUUCACCGCCCCUCCCACUGCGGACCCCUGGGGCGGCCCUCCUGCUUCCGCUGACCCCUGGGGUGGCUCUGCCCCAGUUGUACCCGCAGCUCCCACUGACCCAUGGGGACCAUCCGCUACUGGAGCAGCCCCUACAGGAGACCCGUGGGGGGCCUCUGCGGUGCCUCCUGCAGCCCCCCCAGACCCAUGGGGAGGUGCCCCGGCUGCAAGCAGUGACCCAUGGAAACCUGAAGGCGGAGGUUCAUCUGGGACCACGGCAGCGCCACCCACAGAUCCAUGGUCAUCAGGACCAGCUCCCACAUCUCAAGGGAAACCAGCGCCCGAUCCUUGGGCUCCAGCAUCCACGUUUUCUGAUCCCUGGGGUGGCUCCCCUUCCAAGCCCAGCACGAACGGCACAGCAGCUGGCGGAGGCUUUGAGCAGUUUGGCAGCCCCGGGGAUGGGGACGAGUUCUCUGAUUUCGACAGCCUGCGCCCGGCACUGCCCAAAUCCGGGAGCAGCACAGGUGAGCUGUCCCUCUUAGCUGGGGAGGUGCCCAUUUGCCGACCCGGCAGUGGCACUGACAGCCCCAACACUUUUGACAUGGCCUCCAUGGGCGGGUCGCUGCCCGAGAUCUCCAAGCCAACGCGUAAGACCCCAGAGUCAUUUCUGGGCCCCAACGCUGCCCUCGUCGACCUGGACUCCCUGGUCAGCAAGCCUUCUACUGCCUCUAGCAUUGCAAAGGCCUCCAACCCCUUCUUAGCCCCUGGUUCAGCCCCAGCCCCAGCCGCGUCUGCCUCAACUACAAACCCCUUCCAGGCGACGGCAGCUGCCCCGCUUUCGCUCAACCAGCUCCGCGUCAGUCCGGUCCUCCCUCUGUCUCAGCCGGCGCCCCCUGCCUUUCCCGCCGUAGCUCCUAUGGUCUCUGUCUCCCCCAUGGCCCCCGGGAUGCCCUUGGCCUCCGUUUCCCCCAUGGUGGGGGUGCAGCCUUUGGGCGCUGUCCCGCCUAUGGGGCUCCCUGCCAUGGGCCUGCCCCCUCAGAGCCUGCCGCCCACUGGCGUCGUCCCCAGCAGCACCUCAGCCGCCUCCAUGGGCAGCACCAAUCCCUUCUUGCUAUAAUCAGGGGGACCUUUUAGCCCCGUGGGGAUGACACCCCCUUGUCACACCCCUCCACAUUCCCAGUUUGCAAGGGGGGGGCCUUAGUUUCCACCCACAAAACGGGGCAGCCGGGAAGGCGGGGGGAGAGAGAAGGAAGGGAAGAGACCUAAGUCCUUAUUGCAAGCUCCUCCACCCCCAUGUUGGGGGUAGGGUGGACUUAAUUUUUUCUCUCUUUGGUUUUGGUUUGGGGGCUUAAUUGAAGAGCUCCUCCUUCCCCCCUCCCCCCGCUGCUCUUCAGGGCAGCUGGGAGACCCCAUUUCUGUUGUCCUGUUGGCAGCAGGGGCAGCUCCCUUCUCUAACUCAUUUGAGGGGAGGGAACUACGAACCAACAACAGAUCUAGAGUUGUGGGGGGUGUUGAGGGGUGGGGUGGGGUCUUCUCCCAAGGCAGGUGGUUGUUGUUGCUGUUCUUUGUGCCCUCUCCCGUAUUGGCCACAGAAACCCUUCCCAUGUUGAAAGGUGAGGAGGGAUUAUCAUAUUUUGGUCAACCCCUCCCACACCUUCCUUCAUAAGUCUCUCUCUUUUUCUCUCUCUUCCCUUUUGCAGAAGGGAUGGAGGAAGAGAAGUGGCCAUGUGCCUCUGCCUACCUCCUAGGCCCUUCCAAACAAAGUUUCCUUGUGGGUAGUGGGAGGGGGGAGAGACAGGUGGACACUGUCCUUUUAAAUUAUGAUUUUAUUUUGGUAGGCACUCCCCCACUUCCCUUCCAAAUGUUUGGUUGCAUCUCCAUCCCCUCCUGCCCCACCCCUGUGCUGGGACCAGCCCUUCUCUGCCUCUUCCUUUUUUUCCACUAAGGGGGUGACGUCAGUGAAUCCCCUUCACUACACCUGGGAGCGGUUGAGACACUGGGAAUAUUUGUCUCUUUCGUCUCCGGGGCCAGGUGGGAUACCACUAAUCUGCGGUCAGAGACCAAAAGCUGGAUCUGGAAAGGGGGGCUGGACCAUCAUUCCUCACAGGGCGACGAAGCCACCGCUACACUUUGCCGCCUGCCCUCUGCAGGCUCCCGGGCCGAAGGGAGCCACCAUUUUUGUUUCGUUUUGCAAGGAUUGUGGAGCCCUAUCGGCGCAUCACACCUCGGGGGGGGGGGGGACUUGAAACAGCCAACACAGCCUGCUGUGAAGAGGGAACCUGGAAGCCAUCGGAGGAUCGAUACUCUUGAGAAUCUUUAAAAAAAGAAAACGUUUUCCAACAGCAACAUGUCCGGCGGGCAGGGAACUAUUGCAGAAUUUGAGUCUCUCUCUUGGCCUGCUUUGUGGAAGCCCAGAAACAGCCAAAGGCCCCCUGCCAGAUGUGGAACGGCAGGGGAUCUGUAAAGCCCAGCCGCCCUUCUCCGUUUCUGGACUGCAGCAGGCCAGGGAGAGGACUCCGAUGAUGAGUGUGGACAAAGCAGCAACAUCCCUGCGGAGGAGGAAAUUCUCCCUCUCUUUCUCUUAUGCCAACAGUGCGCAUUGCUUGAAAAGGGAGUGGGGGGGGGAGAGAGGACACGCAGCCACACCCACAACCCGUGGACCCCACUUUGCAGCACUCUUUGCACAGGGGGUGAUCAAAUGCAGUCUGAGCCGUCCACUCUGCACACGUGACCUACUUUUCUCCCCCUCCUGCUGCAACCUCCUUUGUGUGCACGUGUGGGUUUUUUUUGGGGGGGGGUGUUGCUCCCACUGCUGACCCACUCGAGACCCCAGAGAGGACGUGCCAUCUUUGACUUGUAUAACAGCGGAGUCCUCCGUCCGUUCCGACAGCACAGC